AUGGCGGGUAACUAUUCGCCGGACCAAUUGGCAGGCAAUCUACAACAGGGUAUGAAACUGGAACCUGAUUCCUAUUUAGGCUAUAUGAACGGACAAACGACAACGCAGCCACCACCACCGCCGUAUUCAAAUCCGUACGAAUUUGGAGACUUAAACACACCCUUUGAUGUCUGUUCGGCUCAUGGUAUAAGAUCCUGUACAUGUAUUCAAGACAUUAAAGUUGAAAAUUGUCUUCCUAACAUUAAGACAGAAAGGAUGUCUCCAUCGGGCAUGUCGCCGUCCUACACAAAUUCAGAACCGUCUCCGGACACGUUAAAUGGCCAAUACAUGCAUAGCAAAAACGUACUCACAAGGCGAUCGUCGAACAGUCCACCCAUGAACCAGCAGCACAAUCAGGGCACGCCAUCUACAAUGAUGGGUCAGUUAAUGGGAGCCUUAAAUAGCAGCACAAUUUUGGACGAUUUGAACAUCAACGUCGAGUCUUUCCAAGGCGGCUUCGAUUGCAACGUCGAGGAACUUAUUAAGCACGAAUUGAACAUGGAAGGAAAUUUGGACUUUAAUUUUUCCAAUCAGCAACAGAACAUUACUCAGCAAACUGAGAAUGCUGCCGCUCCGCAGAACGCUCCUCCACCAUAUUCGGCUGCUGUGACAAGCCCAUCAUGGUUGCGGUGCAGCGUGCGUUCCGUUUACGGUACAAUAUUCCCCCUCGAGGAGCUGUUCCUGCCCGGGGAUCCAUCUUAUCCUGGGUGGAGGCUUUUAGAACAGUUGGAAAUGUGGGCCGCAGGAGACCAGGAGCAACACGGUCCGUUAGAACACCCGCAAACAUCGAGACAGUCCAAGAGUUGGUUUUGCGAUCUCCUAGGCGCUCUGCUUCAAAACAUGCCGCUGCCCUUCUUCAUGAAGACCUUCACUUUCACCCCUACAAAAUGGUAG